GAAGUCAAGCUCAAACAUGAGAAAGGACGUGAGGAUCCUGCUUGUCGGGGAACCCAAGGUGGGGAAGACAUCGCUGAUUAUGACUCUGGUCAGUGAGGAGUUUCCUGAUGAGGUUCCUCUCCGAGCUGAGGAGAUCACCAUCCCCGCUGAUGUCACCCCAGAGAGGGUGCCCACACACAUUGUGGAUUACUCAGAAGCAGAGCAGUCAGACGAGCAGCUGUAUCAAGAAAUAUCCAAGGCAAAUGUUAUUUGUAUAGUUUACUCAGUCAACAACAAGAAGUCCAUUGAAAAGGUGACAAGCCACUGGAUUCCCCUCAUAAAUGACAGAACAGACAAGGACAGCAGGGUACCGCUGAUCCUUGUGGGGAACAAGUCCGACCUGGUGGAGCACAGCAGCAUGGAGACCAUCCUGCCAAUCAUGAAUCAGUACCAGGAUAUCGAGACCUGCGUAGAGUGCUCUGCCAAAAAUCUGAAGAACAUCUCUGAGCUGUUCUACUAUGCCCAGAAGGCUGUUCUCCACCCGACUGGACCCCUGUACUGCCCUGAGGAGAAGGAGCUGAAGCCUUCUUGCAUUAAGGCUUUGACAAGAAUCUUUAAAGUGUCUGACCUGGACAACGAUGGCAUCCUUAAUGACAAUGAGCUCAACUUCUUCCAGCGAACGUGUUUCAACACACCGCUGGCGCCGCAGGCCUUAGAGGAUGUAAAAAAUGUGGUCAGGAGGAACAUGACAGACGGAGUCAAGGACAACGGGCUCACACUCAAAGGCUUCCUGUUCUUGCACACCCUCUUCAUACAGAGAGGUCGGCACGAGACCACCUGGACGGUGCUGAGGAGGUUUGGCUACGAUGACGACCUGGAGCUCACACAGGAGUACCUGUUCCCAAUGAUAAAAAUCCCACCAGGCUGCACCACAGAGCUCAACCACAACGCUUACCUCUUCCUUCAGAGCGUGUUUGACAAGCACGACAAAGACAGAGACUGUGCGCUGUCGCAAGAGGAGGUGAAAGACUUAUUCAAGAGAUUGCCCUACAUGCCCUGGGGUCCAGACGUCAACAGCACGGUUUGCACCAAUGAUCAGGGAUGGAUCACAUACCAGGGAUACCUCUCCCAGUGGACGUUAACGACAUAUCUAGAUGUACAGCGUAGUUUGGAGUAUUUAGGUUACCUGGGCUACUCCAUCAUUUGUGAGCAAGAGUCCCAAGCAGCUGCUAUUACAGUGACACGUAACAAGCGCAUUGAUCUGCAGAAGAAACAGACCCAGCGCAGCGUCUUCUGCUGUAAUGUCUUGGGGGCACGGGGCAGCGGGAAGAGGCGCUUUCUCCAAGGCAUGCUAACGAAGCUGUUGUCACAACAGAGGCGGAUCAGAGAGGACCACAAGUCCUUCUUUGCCAUCAGCACGACCUAUGUUUAUGGUCAGGAGAAGUACCUGUUGCUUCACGAGGUGACGCCAGACUUUGACUUCCUGUCGGAGGCCGACCUGUCCUGUGACGUGGUGUGUCUGGUGUAUGAUGUCAACAAUCCACGCUCUUUUGAAUACUGCGCCAAAGUGUAUAAGCAACACUUCAUCGACAGCAAGACGCCGUGUGUGGUGAUCGCUGCCAAGUCAGACCUGCACGAAGUGCGGCAGCACUACAACCUCUCUCCACACGAUUUCUGCCGUAAGCACAAGCUGCACCCACCCCAGCCGUUCACGUGCAACACGACAGACGCUCCCAACAAAGACAUCUACACUAGGCUCACCACCAUGGCCAUGUAUCCCCACUCCCGUCUUCACUGCAUGUGCGCCUGCAACAGGUGCACCUAUUGCCUGUGUCAGAGGCUCCUCAAGUUGGAACUGCUGCGCAGUAUUAAGGCCCAAGUCCGCAGGGCUGUUUUCAACAGGCAUAUGGCUCAGGUAGACCUGAAGAACUCAACGUUCUGGUUGAGGGCCAGCGUCGGCGCCACAGUGUUUGCGGUGCUGGGCUUCGCCAUGUACAGAGCACUUCUCAAACAGCGGUGAUGAGACGGCUACUUCCUCCCCCGGAUCCUCUGUUGACUCUGCCUCGUCCCCUUCUACCUGAAAGACUCAAAACGAUUGGCUGACCAACCAAUCUGGCCCUUUGCCUCAAAACUCCGCCCCUUCCUACGAUGCAACAUGGGCAAGAAACAAAUAAGCAAGAUCAUGUGCACAUUUUAUAUGCAUUUAAAAAGGUUUUUUGUUAUUGAAAGGUAACGAUCACAUUUGAACUGUCACUCGUCCAUUAGCCGAUUUGUAAAACCUGACAUUUUGUUGACAUAUGUUGGUCUAGUUUAGUGCAGACCAGACAGUAGUAGUUGCCCAGUUAUUUUCUCAGGUCAGUAUUAGUUGGAUGUUUGGAGAUCAGACAGAGGCAGCCAGACACAGGAACACCACAAAGGGAAUGAAUUUGUUUAUACAUGUAUAUUAAGUAUGUAUGUAUUCCUCCAGAGUUUUAGGAUCGGACCCGUAGACAAUGUUACAAGUCAGAAGCAACGCCCACAGGAGGUGUUAGGACAGAGAACGCUAUAUCUGACACUAGGAAGUUCAUGGAUGUCAUGCACUUGUUAAAUUUGUGUGUUAAUUUAUUAACCUUUAUUUUUGUCUCCUUGUCUGUGUUGAGCGCAUCACGUGAAACAGAGGGAUUUAUAUUUUCCUUGUAUUUUUGUAUUUACUCUUAACCAAGCUGUCUUUGAGUCGUAACAUUUAUGAUGAUCUGCUUUUGUUUUUAUUUUCAUGACAUUACAGGUACCAUGGAGCAAAAGGUGAUACUACUAACAGCCAUUCAUCACACCUCUUUCACCUUAAAACUAUGGAAGUGUUUCUUCUUCUCUUUUCCAGCAUUUACAAUAAACAACUGUAUGAUGUGGUGCGUGUUAAUGGGUGAAACAGAACAGGUGUUAAAUAUCUGUAAUAAAUGAUAUUUACACCCGC